GCAGGCGGUGAGGGCAGCUAAAUCUGUGUUGUCAGGACCCCGGUUUACACACAGCUUGGACACCGUGUUCAAAAGCUAUUUUAACAUUACGCCCCUGUUUAUAACGCAUGAAUCAACUACAGGUGAGAGAUGACUAAGAAAAGGAAAAGGCAGCAUGACUUCCAGAAAGUCAAACUCAAGGUGGGCAAAAAGAAGCCCAAAGCCGACAAUGCGACGGACGUGAACUUCAGGACCAAAGGGAUCCGGCUGCCGGAGCAGCUGAAGAAGGUGGGGACCGGCCCUUCCACCCAUCGGCAGCUCAGCAUCAAGGACCUGCUGUCCCAGCUGCACCACUACAGCGGAGGGGUGAAGCAGGGGGCACUGGCUGGGCUGCGCGAGCUCCUGAGUCAGAAUCCCCACCUCCUGGAGCAGCACCUGUCCAGCGUGCUGAGUGAGGUGGCGGCCGUGUUCACGGACAAGGAGCCGGCAGUGCGCUCGGCGGCACUUCGCCUGCUGCGUUUCGUGGCACAGUGUGUGCCCGCAGAGCGUGUGGCACCCUUCUUCCCCCUGCUGAGCGCCCACCUGACAUGUGCCAUGACGCACAUCGCGGAGGGUGUGCAGGAGGAUGCGCUGCGAGUGCUGGACGUGCUGCUGGAGCACUACCCUGCCCUGUUGUCGGGGCACUCGGCCGUGCUCCUUAGAAACUUCCUGGAGCUGAUAUCACAGAGGCGUUUGUCGCAGGGGGGCAAGAGCUCCACGGAGCACAGGGCAGGUGAUUGGGCCUUGUCCGUGAACCCAGACCGCACAGUCACAGGUCAGCAGUGGAGGCUCACUGUGCUAUUAAGGUUGAGCCGCUUUCUGCAGGCUGUGGUGGAGGAGAGACCCAUGGAGGACGGCGUGGUGUCGGGCCACGUCCUGGACCCAGAGGGCCGAGAGAAGGGCGUCGUCACUCCUCUGGAGCUCACCUGGGAAGAGCACACUUUCGGGAAGGGCGGCCUGCAGGUCUUUGAGCACUCUGGGGCGCAGCCCUCCACAGCUUCGUCCUUCCGCCUCAGACCCAACACAGAGCCUGGUGGUGGCACUACAGAGGGCCUGGCCUCAGCCGAGAUAGUCAGGAAUUUUGCAUCUACGUUGGUCCCGCUGCUGCUGGAGGUGUGGGUGGAGGCCUUAGCAAGUGAACACGGCAAAACAGAGAGCGACCACCUGCUGGCACCGGAGACUAUCUCACUCCUGUACCAGGUUCUGACUAUACUGCAGCUUUUACGACGACUGGCUCCACAGCAGCACCAUCAGGAAGACCUGGACUCCUGGUUCCGCAGCUCUUAUCUCAACGACUUCAAGCACCAUUUCAUGAAGAACUUCCCUUACGGUUUGCUGGAGGUGGCCAGGCACAAGAAGAAGGGGGAUGUUAAAAGGAGCAAGCAACAGCAGGUGGCAGCGGGGAGCGCGGGUGCCAUGGAGCCCCUGACGCUGAACCUUACCCUUUGCCAGGUCAUGGUGUCACUGAGCUCACGGACGCGGGGCGGCCAGGACGCCGACUGGCUGGGACCCAUUCGAGCCUUUGUGCGCGACUCGCUGUCCAGUGGGGCCAAGCUCAGCUCCAAGCACCUGGGUGCCUUGCUGGAGGUCGUGUGGAGGUUGGUGCUCACCUACAAGAGCAGAGCCGUGACGGAGGAGCUCCUCCAGGCCGUCCACGUGCAGUACCAGCAGAGGAACCUGACUCUUCCUGUCCGCAUGCUGCUGCUGCGCUUCUUCAGCCGCCUCUACCUGCACGAGCACCAGGGCCAGCCACACAUAGCCAGGAGCAAGGUGCUGUCCCGCUGGCUGGCCGGCCUCCCGCUGCAGCUGGUGCAGCUGGGCUUGCGGAACCCCCACCUGUCGGCAGAGCUGCUGCAGAUAGUGCAAGCGGCGGCUGCCUGGAAGAACAAGGACCUGCUGCAGAGCUUGCAGACCCAGGCAUGCAGACUGUACGAUCCACAGGAGGGCAGCAUGGUCCUGCUGCCAUCGGAGUCCCAGCAGCGUCUCGUCCAGCUUGUCUACUUCCUGCCCGUAUUGCCCGCGGAGGUGCUGGCCUGCCUGAGCCGCUGCUGCACCACGGGCCGCAUCUCGGCCAGCCUGGCCGCCUCGCUGGUACGCCUCGUCCAUCUCAGGUCCUCUCUGUGCGGCUGGGCGGUGGACAAACAGGAAGUGGCAGUGAGCGACGUGGACUAUUUCAGCUUCCUGUUCUCGACACUGACGGGUUUCUCCUCAGACGAGCUCUCCACCCUGCAGCAGGCCAGAGAGGACAGCGUGACGCCUCCUUCCCCCCUGUCCCCGCUCAGCCUGUACUCCACGCCCCUGGAGCAGUUUACCCAUCACUGGGACGUCGUGGAGGAAGUGUGUCACUGCCUGGAGAUGGUGGGCUCGCGGUCCCAGUGCUUCGAUGUGCUGCAGAACGCCAUCUGUAGGAAUCUGACGAGCCUGAGGGUCCUGCCAGACAGCACGGCGGCGGCGCUCCUGCGGGCUGCGUCGCGUCUCCUGGACCCCUCGUUCCUGCCCAGCGAGGCGCUGCUCCGCUUCCUGAGCGACUGCUGCCUGAGCCUCCUCACCCUGCUGCUGGGCCUGGAGCAAGAGGCUGCUGCCCAGGACAGCGCCCAAAAGAGGGAGGCGGUGUGGGGCGCGUGCCUGGCGGCGCUCAGUAGCGUCCCCCGGCUGCUGCGCCUGGUGCUGCAGUGUGCGCGCGUGUCGGACCUGUGCGAGGAAGAGCUCCCCCUGCUGGCUCAGAUGUUGUCGCUGAUGCUGCAGCACAGUCAGCUGCGCAACCACAUGCUGGCCAACGGCACACUGCUGCAGCACAUCGUGCAGGACCUCACGCGCUAUUGUGGAGGAGACAGGCGGGAGCAGUGGCUCACAGACCUGCUCUACUGCUACAGCGUGACCCUGUCCACCCACCGCGGGAACCUGGGCCUCCGAGACAUCUACUGAACACAGAGUCACUGCGUCUGCCCCCCCCACAGUGCUGGGGAUGACAAGACCCCACCCACUUCAUGCUGUU